UCCACAUUCUCUUUCAGUUUCGGUUUCCGAUGCAGGAGGAUGCUGGAUGUUGUUAUGUUGCCGGCAGGACGAUGAAUGUUUGGGAGAACCGGCUGAAGAACGGCUUGCUGAAGCAUUUAUACGAUCAUCCAACAGAAGUUAUAAAAGAGCUUAAAAAUGUGCGAGCAGUCUACAGAGACCUGUCGGUGAAUUUUGACUUUUAUUGUCACUCAACUGGAUUUAAAAGUCAACUGGUUAAUGUAAAUGGUACUAUUCCUGUAUCAUGCGAAGGCCAAAUUUACAACCUUCCGAUAACCAUCUGGUUGCACAACACACACCCCAAGUGUCCUCCAAAAUGUUUUGUGAAGGGGCUACCAGUUCAUGACCGAACGACAGGAGACUUUUUGGAUGAUGUUAGCAAUAAGUCUUCAAGUUACUUGUGCAAUUGGAAAUAUCCAAGAUCACAGUUGUUGGGACUCGUUGAAGAAAUAAAAGCAUCAUUUACAAACUCCUUAAAUAAUUCACCGCAAAUUACAGAUUCAGAAGAGGCCCAUUGUGCAAAAGACACACCUUUCCAUUCUGGAGAGAAUGCUUCAAACAAGUCUGAGAAGAUAUCUUACGUUAGAGAGCUGAUGGCUAUGGGGAUCUCAUUUACACAUCCCCCUACAAAAGCUUCUCCUCCUGUGGGUAUGAAUUCAGAAGAUCAUGUGGUUCAGAAGAAAAUCGAUUCCGUGAAACAAACUGCGGAUUUCUUUGAUGAUUUGCAUAUUGACAAGGUGAUAAAGACAUUAAACCUGAUGACUCCCUCCCUGAAAAAUCAAGAUUUGACUUCACUUGAUGCUCAGAGGCCACGUUCACACAAGGACAAGCAGAGAGUGCAGGUGCUCAACAUUCCUACUGAUUUACCAGAGCACAGGAUGAAAGACAAGCUGAGCAUAUUUUUCCAAAGCUUUCGAAAUGGUGGUGGGGAAAUUGCUGAUCUUCAGUAUCCAGGCCCGAUUCCAGCAUCUGCCAUUAUCACUUUUGUCGAAACCAAAGUUGCAGAAAGACUUGUCCAACAGGGACAACAUUUAUUCACCCAUAAUAAUAAAAACUACCCAGUACAUCUAAAGUUCCAUGAUGACAAAGAUGUAGUUUCUGCCGAAAAUGACAUUGGUAACAACAUUUCCACUGUGGAUAUAAAACAUGACCACCAGAAUUGGCAAGGAUUGCCAUCGAAUGCUGCUGAUUCUUCAAAGGAAAAAUCAGACCUCUUUCAGCGUCUCCUGAGCACGGAUGACCAGAAUUUCAGCGCAGAGGAUGUGAUGGAGGUUGUGCAGUCGGGAUUAAAUUAUGAAUCAGCUUUGCGGUACCUCUCUCACGAGUGUCCCAUUUGCAGUGAACAAGUAUCGUUUAGCAGGGUUGUCACAAUGACCCACUGUAGCUGUUCGUUCUGUGAAAAUUGCUUCAAGAACUAUUUCACAUCAGUCAUAAAGGAACAAAGUAUUGUCAAUGUGGUUUGCCCAAUAUGCAGGGCCCCAAAUUUGAAAAGCCCAAAACACAAAGAAGAUAUCACAGAGUACUUUAAUUUCAUGGACAUUCAGAUUCGCCACUAUCUGGAUGGAAAAACUCAUGAACUGUUUCAAAGAAAGCUACGGGACCGAACGCUAAUGGAAAUGGCAAACUUCAGAUGGUGUGCGCAUUGUUCCUUCGGGCUAUUGCACGACUUUGAUCGGCUGAGGGUGGAUUGUCCUUCUUGUAAUAAAAGCACAUGCUUCCGGUGUAAGAUUCCUUGGGAGCCGCAGCAUGAAGGAAUCAGCUGUGAACAGUUCAUGAAGUGGAAGCAACAAAAUAACCCUGAGUAUCAGGCUAGGGCACUGGACAGCUACCUCAAGCAGAAUGGAAUAGAGUGCCCUAAUUGCACAGCUCAAUUUGACUUGUCGAGAGGAGGUUGUAUGCAUUUUAAUUGCCAGGAAUGUCAACAUCAGUUCUGCGGUGGCUGCAGGAGACCAUUUAAGUUAGGAUCGGCUUGUGCAUUUAUGGAGAACUGCGUUACAAAGGGUUUGCAUGCUCACCAUCCGCGGAACUGUUUCUAUUACCUCAGAGACUGGAGUGUGGAACGGAUGAAGCAGCUGUUAACUAUAGGACCUGUUCCCUUGACUGAGUUCAUAGCAGAUACCAACCAUGGGCAAGUGGAAGAUAAAUGUAAAGUCAUGGAGCAGAGAGAAUCCUUGCAAUAUCUAAAGGAUGAGCAGUGUGGACAAUCUUCAGUUAAAGGCUACUCAGGCAUCUGCAAUAUCCAUUUGAAACAGCACUUGGUUGAACUUAUAAAUACAAAUAAUUUGGAUCCAGCUGUACUGUACAGCAAGGUGGAGAUAUUAAUGGAACUCCAGCGCUGGAAUAUUUCUGUUCCUAAUAAACACCUUAGUGAAUCAGAAGAUCAAUUUAUAGGAAGAUUAAGACAUAAAAUAAUGAAGGAGCUGAAGUUGGCUCAACAAACCAUUCUCGACAAGAAUUCAGGAUUGCUUUGAUUAUCAAUCAAAUGUAUUAUGAGAAAUGGAAGUACUACAGUGGACAGAAAAUUCCUAUGGUUGAAAAUUAAAGUUUCACUGACAAUGCAGGGAGGCCUGAGCUAGUUUCACAUAGGCCAAGAAGGAAUCAGGUUUCUUAUGUGAAAAUCACAACACUAUAUACAGAUAACUAUUUUGCAGUUAUGCAGAGUUACACUAAGAAAUGUCACUACCUGAACAAACCUUAAGGUGCACUUUCCUGCCUUAGUGGAAGGUCUUCAAGUAACAUUUCGCCAUGGGAACUACUCUCACAAGUAUUGGGAUUGAUCAGAGUCCAUUUUAAGUAGUAAGUGGAAGAUGGGAUGGAACCCACGUAAUUGUGAUGGAUCAUAAGAGAUUGGAGUAGAAUUAGGCCAUUCGGCCCCUUCACCAUUCAAUUAUGGCUGAUCUAUCUCUCCCUCCUAACCCCAUUCUCCUGCCUUCUCCCUAUAACCUCUGACACCCGCACUAAUC